ACUAACGUAAACCGGAUAGCUCUUUCAUCUCAUUCAUUCGUAUACAGCUGGCAAUAAGCGCACGCAGUCGCUUCUCUCGCCUUUCCGCUACCCUAGCUCACGGGUCCAGAAUGGACUACUAACUCCAGCAAACGGCUCGAACAGGCCAACCAGUUUUCCUCCAUCCGUCUUACGUGUGGUCGAGAGCCCCCACGCAUUGAUGCGUUGUGAAUAUCUCUUGUCCCAACAACACUCCGUUCUCUGUCCGUGUGCGUGCGUUUACAUUUGUGCUGUAAGAAGGAGAAGAACAAAAAAAAUCAACGAGUGUAUGUGUGUACACGUAGCGUGUUUGUAUGCGCGCGGAAUCAAUCAAUAGACAUUUUGUUUAGUGUGGAAAGUAGAGCUUCUCUUGCGUGUGUGUGUGUGCGUGCGUGAGAGCGAGAGUGUGUGUGUGUGUAGUGGCCGUGUUUUCGAGUUUUGGGACAAAAAACACCACCGCCGCCGAAACCUCUGACACAACCGAAAAGGGUGUAAAGUGCAUCAACCAUCAAGCAGGUUCUUCCACGCACAGUCAAUCAACCUUUUCCCGGGAUUAUCAUCAAUCGAAAAACGGCUUGGCAGUCGAUCGCGCCCGCCUGUUGAAGCAGCAUGAGUUAUCAGAUGCCGCAAAACAGAUCAAUGUCUCAUAACCCGUACAAUUCGUCGGACAUGCCGAUGCCCUCAGCAAAGGAGCAAACACUGAUGUGGCAGCAAAACUCGUACCUCGGCGACUCCGGCAUCCAUUCUGGUGCCGUUACCCAGGUGCCGUCGCUUAGCGGUAAGGAUGACGACAUGGAGGACGAUCCGCUGAUGUUCGACAUGGACCAGGGUUUCUCGCAGAAUUUUACGCAGGACCAGGUCGAUGAUAUGAACCAGCAACUGAGUCAGACGCGCUCACAGCGCGUCCGAGCUGCGAUGUUCCCGGAGACACUCGAGGAAGGCAUCGAGAUUCCGUCGACACAGUUCGACCCGCAGCAGCCCACCGCGGUGCAGCGGCUGGCCGAACCGUCCCAGAUGCUGAAGCACGCGGUCGUCAACCUGAUUAACUAUCAGGACGAUGCGGAUCUGGCGACCAGAGCCAUCCCCGAACUGAUCAAGCUGCUGAAUGACGAGGACCAGGUGGUGGUUUCGCAGGCCGCCAUGAUGGUGCACCAACUGUCCAAAAAGGAAGCGUCCCGGCAUGCGAUAAUGAACAGUCCGCAGAUGGUGGCCGCUCUCGUCCGCGCGCUCUCCAACUCGAACGAUCUCGAGACAACCAAAGGUGCGGUCGGCACACUGCACAACUUGUCGCACCAUCGCCAGGGUCUGCUCGCGAUCUUCAAGUCGGGUGGAAUACCGGCACUGGUAAAGCUGUUGUCUUCGCCGGUCGAGUCGGUGUUGUUCUACGCAAUCACCACGCUGCACAACCUGCUGCUGCACCAGGAUGGCAGCAAGAUGGCGGUCCGUCUGGCUGGCGGACUGCAGAAGAUGGUUGCCCUGCUCCAGCGCAACAACGUCAAGUUUCUUGCCAUAGUGACGGACUGUCUACAGAUUCUGGCAUACGGCAACCAAGAGAGCAAGCUGAUCAUACUCGCGUCGACAGGUCCGAGCGAAUUGGUACGCAUCAUGCGCUCGUACGACUACGAGAAGCUGCUGUGGACGACGUCCCGCGUCCUGAAGGUGUUGUCGGUAUGCUCGAGCAACAAACCGGCCAUCGUGGAGGCAGGCGGCAUGCAGGCACUCGCAAUGCACCUGGGCAAUCCGUCCCAGCGCCUGGUCCAAAACUGUCUCUGGACGCUGCGCAAUCUAUCCGACGCGGCCACUAAGGUCGACGGACUGGAGACGCUGCUGUCAGGGUUGGUGACUGUCCUCGGUUCGUCCGACGUCAACGUGGUCACCUGUGCCGCCGGUAUCCUGUCGAACCUGACGUGUAACAAUCAACGCAACAAGGUAACCGUUUGCCAGGUGGGCGGUGUCGAGGCACUCGUCGGCACGAUCAUCAACGCCGGCGACCGGGAAGAAAUUACCGAGCCGGCCGUGUGUGCUCUGCGCCACUUGACUUCGCGUCAUCCGGAGUCCGAGUCGGCACAGAACGUUGUACGCAACGGCUACGGGCUGCCGGUGAUCGUAAAGCUGCUCAAUCCCCCGUCCCGCUGGCCGCUCAUUAAGGCUGUCAUCGGGCUGAUCCGCAAUCUAGCCCUUUGUCCGGCGAAUGCGGCACCAUUGCGCGAACACGGAGCAAUUCAUCUGCUGGUGCGGCUGCUCUUCAAGGCGUUCCAAGAUACGCAACGGCAACGCUCAUCGGUUGCUUCGAAUGGAUCGCAGCCGCCGGGCGCGUACGCCGACGGUGUCCGCAUGGAGGAGAUCGUCGAGGGUACGGUCGGUGCACUUCACAUUCUCGCCAAGGAGGAGUAUAACCGACAGGUCAUCCGCUCGCAGAACGUUAUUCCGAUCUUCGUCCAGUUGCUGUUCUACAACGACAUCGAAAACAUUCAGCGUGUGGCCGCUGGUGUACUUUGCGAGCUGGCUGUCGACAAGGAGGUGGCCGAAAUGAUCGAGGCUGAGGGAGCUACUGCACCGCUUACCGAGUUGCUCAACUCGGCAAAUGAAGGUGUCGCCACAUACGCCGCAGCCGUACUGUUCAAGAUGAGCGAGGACAAGUCGAUGGAUUACAAGAAGCGCUUCUCCAGCGAGCUGACCACCUUGCCCGUGUUUCGCGACGACAGCAUGUGGAACAACGGCGAACUCGGUAUUGGACCGGACCUGCAGGACAUCCUGUCCCCCGAGCAGGCAUACGAAGGUCUAUACGGACAAGGGCCGGCGAGCGUACACAGCUCGCACGGUGGCCGUGCGUUCCAGCAAGGAUACGACACCCUUCCAAUAGACUCAAUGCAAGGUCUGGAGAUUGGAGGAGGCGGUGGUAGCAGCAACGGUGGUGCGACUGGUAAUGGCGGCAUGGGCGGCCAGCAGCAGCAGUCUGGCGGUGGGCCCGGUUCGGUGGUGAUGGGUGGCGGCGGUGCUAGCGGCAUGUCCUCGUCCGGUCAGCCAACCUCACCGUACGGUAUGGACAUGGACGUCGGCGAAAUGGAAGCUAGCGAGCUGACGUUUGAUCAUCUGGACGUGAUGCCAUCACCGCCGCAGGACAACAACCAGGUUGCCGCCUGGUACGAUACCGAUCUCUAAAGGGCGGACAUACUUUAGCAACGAUCAACUUUAGCAGCGGAUGUCGCACACUCACAUCACAAUGCAAACAUGCAGGUAGAAUGUUCGAAAGAACGAAAGAACAGAUGAGGGCUAGGCGAUCUGCGAUCUAGGUGUAGGGCGCGUCUCUGCAAUAACACUUCCAUUGCAAACUGGGCUAUAUUUGGAUCAUUUUAUUUUACAAGUACUAACAUUUUUCUUUGCUCGAUAUAAGGCUAUACCGAAAAUUUACAUUACGCUCUUUCGCACGCCGCGGGUGUGUAGAGAAAAGCAUUAUUUUAUUUUUUGAUAACGAUUUUACAAUAUCUUUUAGCUAUUGAUAGCUAGUAAAGCAAACAUAUGGGCGGAUUUAAGAAAGCACUUAUUGUAAUCUUUUUCAUCCUUUUAAAAAUAUUUUGUGUGCAUCUAUGAACGUCUAAUCCUCUCAACUAUAUGCUGGAUAUUUUUUUAAUCAUCUAAGGCAGGUCAAUCUAACCCCAUCACAGGUAAACCUAGAAUACAUUGAAAUGUAUUUUUUGAGGUUUUGCUACAAAAUACAAUAGAACUUUAUAUAAAUUUGCUGGAAAUUGUGUAAGGAAUUAAUUUGAAGGAAAAAAAUAUAAUCGAAUUCAUGUAGCAAAAUUAUGGUACUCCCGUAUCUAUUAAAUUGAGACAAGUGUUAGGGAAAGUAUUUGAAUGGAAACCUAUGCAUACACAAACAAAACGAAUACAAUUAUCAUUAUGAAAGCAAACAAGAAAACGAAAAAUAUUAGUGCUUCCAAAAAAACGAAAACCAAGUUCAAUUCGUUUCAUCCUCUCUUUUUCUUUUUCUCUCCCUCUCUCUCUCUCUCUCUUUUUAUCUCAUGUAAUCCUUCUUUUCUUCCUCCUCUUCUUCUCUCCCGUUUUCAUCUAAAAAGAAGCAAUGCUUUCAAUGCCAGCAAUUUUAAUUUACUUAUAAUUUAAAUACUACCAAUAUUUACAUCCCAUUUUCUUCUAUAUUACAAUAAUAUAUAAAUAUAUGAUUAUCGCUAAUUGAUAAGUUUUACGAACAAUGUGCGGACACAAUCAGUCACACUCUCUUUCUAUCUUUCGUCACAUAUUUGUACAAUUUUGCACAAUUUGUUCAAUAUGUUCCGGGUAUCAUUUAUCAGAUGCAUUUGUCAUAAACUCUCUGCCGUUACCCCGCUCUAUGGGAUAUCUAACGCGUCAGAAGUCGUAAAAUGGUGGCAUGACGAUGUCAUGGAAUUUUGACGAAAAGUUCUUUAACGAGUUUUUUUAACGAAUUUAAUUGUUGGGCUUAACCGAAGAAAAGCUUUGACAAAUUUCAAGGUUCUAUUCAAAACAUGUCAUAAUGAACAGGAAGAACUAGAAUAGAAGAAAGUUGUGGACGACGUGUUCUAUACGAAGUUGAUUCACUCUUUAUUAACAUAUUUCAUGUUAAAUCAUAUUUCAAAAGAAUAACAAAUCAUAUUUCAAAAGAAAAAAACAAUUCUUUUAUUUGAAAAAUAACUCAGUACAAUUCAUUUUCUCCGUCGCCUUCCAAUUCAGGGCAUUUCUAUUCUAUUCAUAUUGCCUUCUAUUCAGGGCAUUCUAUAGGAAAUGAUUUAAAAAAAAUGAUAAAGAUUGUGAAAAGGACGACGGAUCGCAAUUCUAAGGGUACAACACUUAAACGUAUCCUCACCAAUGCGGUGAGUUAUCCCUUCCAUUGUUUUUUUUUUCUUUUUUAUUAUAAUUCACCUCUCCUCACUCGUUUGACUCAUGAACAAAAACUUAGUAACAAUAUUGGCUGGUAAUUUAUUUCUUAAUGAGGAGCAAAAAUAUCUAUAACAGUUCGUUCCAUCGAUUUAUUUAAAGAAAGAUUAUUCACAUGAAAAUGGAUUGCUGAAAAGAAAUAAGGGCAAGAUUUGCUGCAAUAGAAAAACUCGAGCGGGAUGAGCGAAUAUGGAAAGAUAUCCGGUUAACAGAAUAGAAAAGGACAAAUCCAUACAUUUAAUAAAACGGAAGUCGAGUAGAGCUAUUUCAUAAAAGGAAAUGAUGAAGCAACCCAGAGAAAAAUGUAUUUGUUGCAAACUUAUUGAACGCAAGGAUAGAAGAAGUAAACAGACCUAAACGCACCUUCCCAUACACACAUCCAUAGAGGAGAAAUGGUACGAAGUUAUUAUAGCAAGUAACUUUUUAGCGGUAUAAUCAAUGUUUUAUCAUUCAUCUGAUCAUGAUCCCAAGAUAUAAUAAACAAACAAACAAGAAGAAAAUAAACAAGCAAGGAACCAA